UGCGCGAGGAGGCGGCGGAGUAGCUGCAGCUGUAGCAGCAGCCGCGAAGAUGGCGGAGGGGUUGGAGCGUGUGCGGAUCUCCGCGUCGGAGCUGCGAGGGAUCCUGGCCACCCUGGCUCCGCAGGCCGGGAGCAGAGAAAACAUGAAGGAAUUAAAGGAGCCUAGGCAGCGCAAAGACAACAGGCGCCCGGAUCUGGAAAUCUAUAAGCCUGGCCUUUCUCGACUAAGGAACAAAUCUAAAAUCAAAGAGCCCUCUCUGAGUGAGGAAUUUAAGGAUGAAGUUGUUAAUGACAGAGAUUCUUCUGCUGUUGGAAAUGAUACACAACUCAUUAAAGAUGCCUGCAAGGAGCUGGACAACCAACAGCAGAAUGGGCCUAUAAACCCAGAAAACAAUCAUGGACAGGAGUCCUUCUCUAAGAUUGCUGGUCAAGAGGAUCGAAGUCUAAGAAUUAUCAAGAGAACAAAGAAACCGGACCUGCAGAUCUAUCAGCCUGGACGCCGUUUGCAGACAGUUAACAAAGAAUCGGCUAGUCGGGUAGAUGAGGAAGAAAUCCUUAACCAGGUAGAACAACUAAGAGUAGAGGAAGAUGAAUGCAGGGGAAAUGCUAUGAAAGAAGAAGUCAUGAAUAAACCAGACAGAGCAGACAGAGAAAAGAGCCCAAAUGGUGACAGAGUAAGGGCUGGAAAGGGAGAAAAAGGAAAGAGGAUUGAAAAAGGGGAGGGGAUGAAGAAAGCAAAUGAUGACCCAGCCCAGGGGAAACCCGGUUCUGCAAAGCGAUACUCCCGCUCAGACAAACGAAGGAACCGUUACCGCACUUGCAGUACUAGCUCAGCUGGUAGCAACAACAGUGCUGAGGGAGCUAGCCUUGUCGAUAAUGGAUGCCGCCGUCGCCGACAGGAUAGGACCAAGGAGAGGCCACGACUGAAGAAGCAGGUAUCUAUGUCCUCAACUGACUCCUUAGAUGAGGACAGAAUUGAUGAGCCCAAUGGAUUAGGACCCAGGAGGAGCUCAGAAAGGAAGAAACAUUUAGAAAGAAACUGGUCUGGCCGUGGGGAUGGUGAACAGAAAAGCAAUGGUAAAGAAAAUCGAGGCACUCUUCGUGUCACUUUUGAUGCAGAAACCAUGAACAAAGAUUCUCCCAUGGUAAGGUCCGCCAGGGAGGAUGUGGAUAGGAUAAAGCCUGACAGAGGCUCAAGCACUGGGGGCAAAGGCUCUGAGAAACAGGAAUGCAAAAACCUAAAACAAGAACUUCGGGGUCGUGGUCGUGGCAUUCUGGUUCUGCCUGCCCAUACCUCCCUAUCUGUCAAUUCAACAGGUUCUCCAGAGUCUGCACCUUUGGGACCUCGGCUUUUGUUUGGAUCUGGUAGUAAGGGAUCUCGGAGUUGGGGCCGUGGAGGCACCACCCGCCGAUUGUGGGACCCAAACAAUCCUGAUCAGAAACCUGCUCUAAAGAGUCAGGUACCCCAGCUACAUUUCUUGGACACUGAUGAUGAAGUCAGCCCUACAUCUUGGGGUGACUCACGCCAGGCCCAAGCAUCUUACUAUAAGUUUCAAAACUCUGACAAUCCCUAUUAUUACCCCCGGACACCACCAGGCCCUGCUUCUCAGUAUCCCUAUACAGGUUAUAACCCUCUACAGUACCCAGUGGGUCCUACCAAUGGUGUGUACCCGGGGCCUUAUUAUCCAGGCUACCCAACUCCAUCAGGACAGUAUGUUUGUAGCCCUCUCCCUGCCAGCACCAUGAGUCCUGAGGAGAUAGAGCAGCAUGUGAGGAACUUGCAGCAACAGGAGCUACAUAGGCUUCUCCGGGUGGCUGACAACCAGGAACUGCAGCUCAGCAAUCUGCUUUCCAGGGAUCGAAUUAGUCCUGAGGGCCUGGAGAAGAUGGCUCAACUCAGAGCUGAACUGCUGCAGCUAUAUGAGCGCUGUAUUCUAUUAGAUAUUGAGUUCUCUGAUAAUCAGAAUGUGGAUCAGAUCCUGUGGAAGAAUGCUUUCUAUCAGGUGAUUGAGAAGUUCAGGCAGCUUCUCAAGGAUCCGAAUGUUGAGAACCCAGAACAGAUUCGGAACAGACUUUUGGAGCUCUUGGAUGAGGGGAGUGACUUCUUUGAUAGUUUGCUUCAGAAGCUGCAGGUUACUUACAAGUUUAAACUGGAGGACUACAUGGAUGGUCUUGCCAUUCGCAGCAAGCCAUUACGCAAGACAGUGAAAUAUGCCUUGAUCAGUGCCCAACGAUGUAUGAUUUGCCAAGGAGAUAUUGCUAGAUAUCGGGAGCAAGCUAAUGAUACAGCAAACUACGGGAAAGCACGCAGUUGGUACCUGAAGGCCCAGCAUAUUGCUCCUAAGAAUGGGCGACCCUAUAACCAGUUGGCUUUGCUGGCAGUGUAUACGAGGAGGAAGCUUGAUGCUGUAUAUUACUAUAUGCGCAGUUUAGCUGCCAGCAACCCUAUCCUAACUGCCAAAGAGAGUCUCAUGAGCUUGUUUGAAGAGACUAAACGAAAGGCAGAACAGAUGGAAAAGAAGCAACAUGAGGAAUUUGAACUGAGCCCUGAUCAAUGGCGGAAAGGAAAGAGGUCAACUUUUCGGCAUGUUGGUGAUGAUACCACUCGCCUGGAGAUCUGGAUUCAUCCAUCCCAUCCACGAUCCUCCCAGGGCACUGAGUCUGGGAAGGAUUCUGAGCAGGAGAAUGGGCUGUGUAGCCUGAGUCCCAGUGAUCUGAACAAAAGGUUCAUCCUCAGUUUUCUCCAUGCCCAUGGGAAGCUGUUUACCCGGAUUGGGAUGGAGACAUUCCCUGCAGUGGCUGAGAAGGUCCUCAAGGAGUUUCAGGUGUUGCUGCAGCAUAGCCCCUCUCCUAUUGGAAGCACCCGCAUGCUGCAGCUUAUGACCAUCAACAUGUUUGCUGUACAUAACUCUCAGUUAAAAGACUGCUUCUCAGAGGAGUGUCGCUCUGUGAUCCAGGAGCAAGCUGCAGCCCUGGGCUUGGCUAUGUUUUCUCUACUGGUACGGCGCUGCACCUGCUUACUUAAGGAGUCUGCCAAAGCUCAGCUGUCCUCUCCUGAGGAUCAGGAUGACCAAGAUGACAUCAAGGUGUCUUCCUUUGUCCCGGACCUGAAGGAAUUGCUCCCCAGUGUGAAAGUCUGGUCAGACUGGAUGCUCGGCUACCCAGACACCUGGAAUCCUCCACCCACAUCCCUGGACCUGUCCUCACAGGUUGCUGUGGAUGUGUGGUCGACGCUGGCUGAUUUCUGUAACAUACUGACAGCAGUGAAUCAGUCUGAGGUGCCACUGUACAAGGACCCGGACGAUGACCUCACCCUUCUUAUCCUGGAAGAGGAUCGCCUUCUCUCAGGCUUUGUCCCCUUGCUGGCUGCCCCUCAGGACCCCUGCUACGUGGAGAAAACCUCGGAUAAGGUCAGCCCCAGGCCAAACAUCCCUCCCCAUUCACCCCUCCUCUUAAUUCUUCAGACUUUUUUUAUUCUUGGGAAGUUUUCUGUGCAAACGGAACACGAUUAAGUCAUUGAGAAGGGUGUUAAGG